AACAGUGUGUUCUCAACCUGUACUAUGACAAAUGUCAACGUAUCUUCGACGGCCUGCACAUGGUCUUGGGAUUUCAUCAUUCCUGUCACAAUCUUAUUCACAAUAACAUCGUUUCUUGUUUUGUUUGAAAACAUUUUAAUAUGCGUAGCCGUGGUGUGCUCACCUUUGCGGGAAAUAAAAUCAAACUGGUUCCUUGUUGGUUUAUCGGUGGCCGACAUGUUCACGUCCAUUACGAUAACACCUUUGCAAAUUUUAGAAGUUUGGGCUUCUCCCCACUGGCCACUCGGUGCCAUUGGUGUGGACACUUAUAACUCGCUGUGGAAUUUCUGUCUGAUUGUACCUUUCCUCACAGUCCUCGCCAUAACAAUCGACCGAUUCCUGGUAAUCGUAAAAGAACGCAGCGUGUUUCAAAAACUCAGUUUAAAAUGGGUAUUUAUCUCAUUGACUUGUAUAUGGCUAUACAGCUGCCUCAUUGUCGCUUUGCUCGCGUUGUCUUUCGACCAAGCACCCAGCAAUGAAUACGCCUGGAACGUUCCCUACGAAUAUUAUUACCCCUUCCUAGCAAUACAUGUCUUGCUGCCAUUGUUGAUAAUAUGCUACUGUUAUAUACGGAUUCUUAUGACUGUUCGCUUAACUAGCCAACAAUUUUCAUCUGUACUAAGCUCUUCGUUCCCCUUGCCGAAUUCAAAGCGUUUGUACGAAAUCAAGCUUGCAAAGACAGUGGGUUAUGUCGUAUUGGCCUUAGUUGUUGUUUGGAUUCCUGUGCUAGCAAUGGAAGUUGUUUACGCUUUGGAAAGCGGCGACUCCUGUCUCGUGAAGAAAAUCGGCAUUUUCAGCGUUUGGUUAACUUGCACGAAUGGCGUCAUCAAUCCGCUCAUAUAUUCCAUGCGAAGUAAACAGUUCAAGAUCGUUUUAAAGAAGUUGUUGAAGUGCGACAUCAGUGGUGUAAAAAAAGAUAGAACAUAAAAUCUAGAAUAUUUUUCAUCGGAAGAGUGACUUAAGCCUGGUGGUUUCCAUAUGACGCGGGCCUGUCGGCGACUCAUUGUCUGUAAUCAUCCAAGGAGAAAAUGAUUUCAGAAAGACAAAAGCUAGAUUUCACUCCAAUAAUAUUUCACUCAUCACUAAUCAUCGACAAUAAUACUUUGUCGGCGUCGCAUGGAAGCCAGGCUUAAAGCCUGGUUUCCAUAUGACGCCGACGUCGGCAAAGUAUUAUUGUCGGUGAUUACUGAUGAAUGAAAUCUUUUGUCUUUCUGAAAUAAUUUUCUCCUUGGAUGAUUACAGACAAUGAGUCGGCGACAGGUCGGCGUCAUAUGGAAACCAGGCUUUAGUGUAUUGGUUAAAAUUGUAAUUGUUAGCCGUCAUAGAAAAUAAAGAUUUUCCAGAAACUUUGCAGUUGAAAACUUUUAAGUUGAAAGCAUUUACACGAUGAGCUUAUAAUUGGCGAGACUAAAGAUAGCGUUCAGCGACUAUGUAGAGAUCUGUGACGAAGAAGAUUUUGAAAUUUAAAACCUCAUUCUCCAGAAGACGGUCGACGGAUAUCCUUCUCUGCUUGUAGCCCGUGAGAAAUCAUGAAAAGUUAUGGGUAGAUGAAAGUAGACAACAGUUUGAGACUUCUAUCUUUUUGUGGAAAGUGAUCGAUUGUCAUUCCAGGAACGCGGACGUUUUUCCAAUUUAUUUUUUUCCAUUUUAUGUAGGCGGGGGCCAAGUUGGCUCUCAUAAUAUUGCAGGAACUUUAUAACUAUGAAA